AUGGCGGCUGCUAGCUCGCCAAGACCGAUACCUCUCUUACGCAGGCCUUUACCACCUAAAAAAUCACAACCACCGCCCUCUCUGCGUUCAAAAUCAGAAGAUAAAUCCUCGACGGAGGAGAGAAAUCACAAAGUGUGGUCAAAAUCACCCGAGGUGUCAAGCACAAAGCGACUUGUUAAGUCAAAAGUCGCAGAUUCAGCGGGCAGAGAAGUGAGAUUUCAUGGCGAUGUACCUCUGCCGAUCGCGUCUUUAGUGAAGCCUUUCAGGACAAAAGGACCCGAUCCUCUCCCUCUUCGACCUCCAAGAAAACUAAGAGAACUGCCUUUGGAAGCUUUUGUGAAAGACUCGUACUCGAGACCACCUCCUGAAUUUACUCUGAGGGACUUCUUGAAAAGACUACCAUCCCGGUCUGCAGUCAAUGAAGAUGGAGAACCAAUGAUUUCUGAUCAAAACUACGAGAAAUUGACAAGCUGGUUUGCUGCCAACAGACCUCAUCAGUCUUCCAUUCAUAAUCUCGAUAUAGACAGUAUGUAUUAAUAAUUCAAAUUUUUAGUCUAUCGAUCAAUGAAUUCGUCGUAUCUUUGUGAACCAUGGUGUAACGCGUUAAUGAAGCGACAGCUGUUUCCUAGUACUUUUUGCUGUGAAUCACAAAGAGAUUGAUCAAAUGUUCUUUAUACAGGUGUUAUUGAUGUACCAGAUGUUACUCCAAGAGUUCCAGCGAGACAGUUGUUUAUAGGUGAGAAAAUCUGACAAUAACUACAGUAACUGUAGUUCAAGUUAUGAUUGUUAAUUCUCUUCUAAAGCUGCUACACAUCUCCUUGCGAAUGAUUUAUGAGAAUUUGGCGUUAGACCAAGAUUUCAACCUCUAACUGAUAAAUUUGAGUAUUCUCAUCACCUGUUUAUUGGAUGAUGUAUGGUUAUUAUGUGGAGAAGUUACAUGUUAGUCACUUGUGGGAGUUAGGGGUUAAUUUCUGGACUCUGUUUGGGAAAGUUAGCCAAGUAUUCUUUAGAGAAAUUGCAGUCUGACUGAUUGUAUUAAAAAAAAACAGCAACAAGCCAAGAUUUAACCAUUAGAAAAGUAAGAGCUGAGGGUAAUGUUAAUCUUAUUUCAGAGACCCUAGUUUUCUUUUUGCAUGGGGACAGAUGUUAGUCUGGCUUUUGUUGCACCUAAGAUUUUCCCUUAACAACUGAUUGGCUUGUACUAAGUGUGCAGUCACCCCUCCUCCUAAAAGAGGGGGGACCACUUUGGCCAAUAUGCACAGGCUGAUUGGCUGGUGAAAUAAACAAUUAUUACAGAAAGAUUCAAUGAUAAAUGUGUCUAUGUGAAAUUAGACUAAAAGUAAGAAGCAUGAAUUUUUCAGAGGUUGCCUUUUCCUUGACAAGCAUGGGUACAUCAGGUUGUUUUAGGCUUUAUUAUCACUUUAUUACUAAUGACCAAGAUAGAAUAUCUCCUUACAAUAUCAAUACAUUAUCAAGCAGACAAGUGAUGAGAAUAAAGAAAAGUAUGAAUUAGGGGAAUAAUUAGUUGAUCCAGUAUAAAAAUCUCCAAACUAACAUCAUAAAAAUUGUAUGAGAGACAGUGAGGAGAAUCAACAAUGAGAUCUUGCUCUAAUUGUGAUUUUCUCUUUAGCAAUAGCAUGAUCAUAUAAGGAAUCUGUUUUAAGCACAGUUACAGCCACUGAACAGUGGAAUUGUAUAAUUUUUUAACCCUUUAAUACCCAUGAGUGACCAAGACAGAGUUUCUCCUUACCAUAUCAAUACAAAAUCAAGAAGGUAAAUAAUGAGAACCAAGAAAAGUAUCAAUUAGGGGCUUAUUGGUUGAUCUAAUACCUAAUUCUCUGAAGAAACAUCAGAAGAACUAUUGCAGAGAGUAAGGAGAAUUACUAAUGAGAUCUUGAGGAGUUAAAGGGCUAGGGCCAUAUAACUUUUUCUUAUUUUUUUCCCACAGAGAUGCAAUUCCAAGGAAUGGAAAUUUUCCAGACACCAGAUCAAGAAUUGACUUUGAUUCCAGAAAGAGCAUCCACUGUAUUUCCUGUUACUCCAGCAGCUUCUAAACUGACAAUACCGGCUUCUAGAUAUGCACUGCUACCACCAAUAGAAACAGAACGUGUUACUGACAUUGACAAGGAUACUCAAGUAUCCUCCGGAAGAGAUGAUCAUCGGAAGAAAAUGGCGAACAUUCCAGUUCAAACUAUUGGUGAAGUGACAAUGGCUGAAAUGGUGUCAUCUCCUCGGGAAAAAGGUGUAAAGAAAGAGGCCAUGGAAACUGAAGAGGGAUAUGGAACCAGAGAACAAAAAACUCGAUUUGCUUUGAGUCAAGAUUCUUUUUUAAAACAUGAUGUAGAUCACGAUGUAAUUGAAGGAGAUGGAAAAGUUGAUCAUGAGUCAGACAAACCAAAAACAGCUGUAAAAGAAAGAACAUUAAGGCUAGAAAUGUAAGUAGCGUGAUUGUGUUGUGUGUUUGAGCUGUGAUCUGAUUCAUAGUUUAAUUCCUUUUUUACAGUGAUUGCUUUUACAACCCCCCCCCUCCCUCCCCCUGCCUCUCCUACUCUUCUACUGCUUGGAACCUUAAAAGUUUCUGAUAACCCCCAACCCCCCCCCCCCCUCCCCUCCCCUCCCCCCCCUCCCCCCCCUCCCCUAACCUCUUGAGUCCAAAUCUCCAAGACAAACCAAAUUUUAAUAAUUACUUGUUUGACUGAGAUGGUGCUGCAGUACAAGCUAUACAAACCACUGAAAGCUCACAUUAGUUUCUAUUUCAAUUAUUGGUUUUCAAUCCAAGAAAUGUAUGCUGUUCACAGGAUUCUUUUGAGCUGAGGAAUAAUAUCAACUCACAUUUGGUCCUUGAUGGCCCCAUACCAGGCUCACUAUUAUUUUUCAACUUGGUAAAAUGGUUAAACUUGGGAAAAUGGCUGAACUGUGAAACUAAACUGUGUGUUUUUGCCAGAAGUAGGCCUCAGUUAUCCUCUAUAAGGGGGUUGAUUUAAUUAAAUAACUGUCCUUUCACUGUUAGCCUUUGGUACUCUAGACAGUACAUGCUCGUAAAAGUAAAAGAUUCAGCCAAAUUGAAGAUAGUUUAGAAUGUGGUUCUCUUACUCUAUGGCUAAACUUUGUUUUAAUAACCAGCCCAUAGUACUUUUCAUUGUUUAAUUUUUUACUUGUUUUUGCUUAGUGAAUCAGCACCAGCAUAUCAGAGUGUGGAGGUAAUACUUCCAAGUUCACAGCCAGCAUAUUUUCAAGGAGAAGAGCUGCCAAGAACAUCAUCUCCAUUUGGUUUGUAUUAUGCUAUGAAGGAAAACAUUAGAAAGACUUUAUUUGACUUCUUCUAUGCUAAUGACGAGUCUGACAAACUUGUCAUUCAGUCAAGACCAAACUGAAUUUAGAAUACCUACCCUGAUUUUUUAUUAAGUGGCUGAUAAAUGUUAUUGUUGUUGAGUAAAGUCCAUAAAUUUUGGGUCAUAUCAGGGUUAAAAAUUAAUUGACACCCAUAUUUCAAGAACCCCUAAUUCCCUCCCAUGCUAAGAAUUGUAAAUUCACAUUACUUUGAUCUGCAAAUUGUAGCCUUUGUCAACUAUUUCAGAGGGGCUCAGCCAGGAAUUUCUAUAAGAAGGACUCUAUAUGGGUUUAGCUAUGUUAAGUAAUCUGACCAACCUAAAAUUCAUCAAAAUCGUCAAUUGCACCAUGCUGAUUUUGCUUUGACAAAUUUAACCAUGAACAUUCACUUGGUGUGACAAAAUUUUAUCAAAUCUGCUACUUUUGUUAUUGUGUGCAUUUUUGGAUGUAAGUGUAGAUGGUUUAACUGCCCUCAAGGAGGUGUAAAGUUCAAGCCUCAGAGUGGACUUAUCAGUAAAAAGUCCAUUCACCGAUUAAAACCCUAAGGUUUUUAAUUUGUGACUGCACUCUUUACUGAUAACUGUCGGUGAGGGUCCUCUCUCUCUCCAACAUCUCCAUCGCUAUUAGGGGACAUAAUAAAACCUGUCACACACUUACAUGUAAACAGAUUGUAUGGAACACAGCUCCCUGUACUGUGGGCCUGUUUCACUGGUUGGUGUUGCACAGGGCACUUACCACAAGAUGCCUUCUCUCCUGGGACAGGAUUCACUCACCUUUCUUUUUACCCUUAGCUGGCAAUAUGAUCCUUUUAGAUGGUUUUCAGCACUUUUCCAAGGACAGUAUUUUCCUCAAUAGAUGCCCCUUACAUGAAAUAUAUAAUGGUAUUUCACAACACUAUCUUACUGGGAUUUAGGGUGCAUGCAUCAUAGGGAAAGCUCCAGUAAUAAAUUAAUUAGUGUGGUCAUAUACACUGCAAAUCCUAAAUUUGUUCUUUUAUUUUCCUUCUUAGUGAGUGCUGAUGUUUAUGAUGCGCAAAUGUCUCCACUGGAAGCUGUGGUAUUAAAUGCCAUGAUGACAGGCUCAUCAAUUCUUAAUUUCAGGGCACACUUCUUGAAUCAACUUCCUGAUAUGAGCCCACUGGCAGGGAUGCUAACACAUUUGAAUCUGUCCUUUAAUGAUCUUUGGGUGAGCACUGAUCUUAAGCUGUCUUUUGUUUUUUGCAUUAGAAGAACUGUAUGGGAACUCUUAAAGACAAAUUAAUGACCUCAACAGGACCAUACCUGGCAAUAACCCAGAAAUGUUUAUCCUUUACCAGUUUGUGCCUUGCACCAAAAAAAUUCUUUGGACUAACUAAAAAUGGGGGGGGGGGGACCAGAGAUUGGGUUGAAAGCCUUUGAGACAUUUUUGCCACAUUUUCAGAAAUCUUUGGACAUCUUUGGAUAUGAUUGAGCCCUCUACAAAAAAUCUUCAACCUUUGAAUAAAAAAAAUUUGGCAGGUGAACCAGUCUUAGACUCAGAUCUAUAUAAUAUUCCUUAUACUUUUUAUCAUUUUUUAUCCUCAAAAUUCUUUUAGGUUUUCCCUCCAGAGAUUCUACAGCUGGUCAACUUGGUUUCACUAAAACUAAGGAACAAUCCUAUAAAAGAAAUUCCCCAUGGUAUGUAGGAAAAUGGCAAUCUCUUUACUGUCCAUUACUACCUCUGGGAGUAUGCAGUUUUGUGACUUUUUUUGUCAUUAAAAAAAUGUACUGUGUGAUUAAUUUACUGAUCUCCAACCUCUUUGGAAUUAUCAAAAGUUAUUUAGGAUACUAGAUGUAUGAGAUUUUAGGAUAAAGUAGGGAUACACUUAAAGAGGGAAUGGUUACACUGCUCUAGAUUAUGUGCCCUACAGGACAAUUUGUCAAAUGCUUCAAUUUUUGGCCCAUUUUAUUUUUGUGGGUCAGUAUAUAUGGUCGUCUGAAAGGUAGAUAAAACCUCUCAUACUAUUGAUCUUUAUCCAAUAGUAAUUUUUUUACCUUCCUGCUAAUUUUUUCCUUGGAAGAGCAAUUUAUUUUGUACUUUCCUGCCUUGAAGCAGUAUGUUUAGGGUUUUCUGAAACUGCUCCAAAUAAAUAAGAUACUUGCAGCUUAUACAAAGAUGAAAUUUAUAACAUUAAACUUUUCAUAAGAUUGUGAAAGAGGAAAGAAGUGAGAACAGUAUAUAAUUCAUUCUGUAUCACCAAAUCAAACUAUGAAUUUGUCUGACACAUUACAUUUAGGUGGUGAAUACACAAAAGAUGAAUCUGUGAGCUACUUUGUUAAUCUGAGAUUGUGAUGUAACCAUUUUUAGGUAUAAAAAAACUGAAGAGGCUCAUUGUGUUUGAAAUGUCCUUCAACCUUCUUACAUCUUUACCAUCAAGGUAUGCUUUUGUUGCAAAUAGUAAAUUCUCUCUCUAUCACUUAAACUUCAGGUUUUGACUUCCCUUGCUUAAUUCUGUUGUAAUAUUUUUCAAUACUAUUUUUUUCUUGCAACAUUUAAUUAAAUUCUCCCUCUGUCACUGAAACUCCUGGAAUCCAGGUUUUGACUUCUUUCACUUUCCUUUUAAUAUUUGUCAAUACUACUCCUUUCCAGCAAUAUUUACCUUUAUUGUCAACAAAUUUCAUAUCUUUUCUGUUUGAACAUUUACUUUUGAACUCCUAAACUUAGAUUUAAUUGUGAUUUUGUUCAAAAGUCAUUUCUGAAGGUGCAUGAUGUGAAAGCAAAAUGUCAAGUGCAUUAAAUUGGUUUAUCAGCUGUUUUGGCAUGUUUGUCACUACAGAAUGCCCUUACUUUCUUGUCUUUUCUUGUGUACUUUCUUCUUAAAAAAGAUGUACCUGUUUGAGUUCAGAUAGGUUUAAAGGAAAGUUGCUCUUUACCUAAGAAGCCCAUGCAGCCAGAGCUUAUUCCGGUUUCUGUAGCAUGAAGUGACUGAAACCGGAAUAAGCUCAGGCUGCAUGGGUAUCUUAGGAUAGGAUGUUGGAUAGGAUAGCAUGUCAGUACUUUGUAGGUUACCAGCCCCUUUUCUUCCCCCCCCCCCAGGAUUCUAUCAGGAUUUCCUCUAUACCCCUGGUUGAAGAGAGGCACUUUGAGAGUAAAGCAUCUUGUCCAAGAACACAACACAAUGACCUGGCCAGGUCUUGAACUGUCUUCAGAUAAGCACCCAGUUACUAAUAGCUGUGUUAUUUCUGUAGUCUCUUCCAGCUGAAACAUCUUGAGCUUCUGGACCUGGCCUACAACCUGCUCUCAUUUAUUCCUUCAGACAUUGGAAACCUAAGGUAUGUUUGCUGUUUCCACCUCAUAGUCUUACAACUAAAACUGACCCCUGAGAGUGACCAGCAUCUAAAUUCUCCCAACACCACCUCCUCUGAAUCACACUUUAAGGUCAUGAGAAUAAAGGAAAUGAUCACUAGCUGAAUAAGCUCUUGAUUGUUAUACAAAUUCUCCUUGUCAGCUCCUUAGGAAAUGUACUGAGAGCAGUAUGGAGAAUAUGCAUACUGAUGUUAUGAUGUAAAGGUUAAAAUAUUCUUUUUUAUACCCUUCCCUUGUUUACAUAUAUAGUUCUCUAAGGGAAUUGAAUCUGGAAGGAAAUCAACUUGGAGCCUUGCCAGUAGGAGCCCUGCAUCUGAACUUGAAGUAUGUCAGAAUACAAAAUAACUUCACACAUCCACUAAUGUGGCGAGAGACAGCUAAAAAUCAGCCUCAGGUAAGACGAGAAGUACAUAAGGCAAGUUUUGAGAUGAAGGGAAAAGCUAAAUGAAUUAGUUUUCAAAAAUAUUGAAGAAAAACCAGGCGAAAAGGUUGUUUAACCUGUAUUGAAGGUAGAUGUUUUUUCUUUGUCCCAGGUCUGUUAUCUUUCACUAUCUUCCCUAACCUCACGGGUGCAAUUUCAGUUGAACUGAGGCGAGCGCGAAGUGCGAGUCACGCGUAAAGGGGAGUUUUGUGCUCCUUCUCUCGCUCGUGACUCUCAGUUCCAGUUCGCCUCGCGCUUGCCUCCGUUCGACUGAAAAAUCUAAAAAAAUUACGUCCAUUCUGCAGGCUAUUUGAAGUUUAAAGAGGCCGAAUUGAACCAGAAUUGAGUUUGGACCAUGGAAGUUUACAUUUAUUUACAAGAAGCCAAUUCCGCUUUAGUAGUAAUGGACUAUACAUUCUGAAUCUGAGUUUGGUUUGUUUUUCGUUGCAGCGGCUCGGAGACUUGACUGCUUUAGCUGUGUUUGGACAAGGACUACAUAUUAAGAAACGCGAUUUACCGCCGGUGAUUAAAAAUAUUCUAGAAAGGUGAGACAGUCCUUGGUCAUGUUGAUACUAGCUCUUGUAGAACCAGUUUUUGUUUGGCAGAAAAACGUUAAAAAAAAAAAACUCGCACAUGCGAAAAUCGUACACGUAACAAAUUUCCUCGAUAUGUUUUCAAAUUCAAGUCUCAGAGCGCGCGCGCAUGCUGGUGGCGCAUCACCACGUUUUUUGUUGUUUUUUUUUUCCAGUCUAUUGAUUUAUUGGUUUUUUUUUCAGUUAUACUCGCUGUGACUGUUGUGACGGUCCAAUGUUUGGUCGCGGAGUAAGGGUAAUCAAAGCCCCGUCCUCCAUCUUUGGCGUUAAAAAUCUUCCAUUUCUCUUCAACGCCUGUACACAGACUUGUAGGCGGCAGUUCAGUAGAAGUUCUGACUCGCUUAAACUCUGGAUGCAAAGGAACGCUCCGCAUACUUUUACAGAGUUAUAGAAAUAAGACUUCGAGCCAAAUACGUCCGUAAGAAAUAUUGUGAUGAAUUAUAUAUGUGACGAGUUAGGUGGAUUCACAAAGUGAAGAUCUCUCUCUAGUGAAGUUGCAUAUUGGCUGCGAUGUAUUUUCAUGGACAAAAAGUUGAGUUACAACGUAAGCAAAUAUUGACGGACCUUCUGAAGGACCAACGUCACCAGUUUUCCAUCAUGGAAAAUUAAGCUAAAUCCGUCUUAAUCUUCUCCAACUUCAUCCAUCCUUGUUUCUGUUUUAAUUAAGCUUCCCAUCUGGUUAUUUUUCUAUCUUUUCCUACUGAUAUUUUUGGUUUCCAAUGCACUGAAAGUAAUUUUUAAAGUCAAAAAGUGUACUGUAUGUACUGUAGAAUGAGUAGUUUAGUUCAUAGCAACGAUUAACGCUGAAAUGAACAGCGAUAUUUGAGUCUUUGUUUUACUUCAUAUUUGCAUAGAUUAGCGGACGAAAACAUUUUACGAGUUUAUUCCUUACGAUUGUUACUUUUCUUCAAGAUUAAACACUCGAUAAAAUUUCGGGCGACAUGACUAUGAAUUUCGGCCAACAUGACUCUGGUUCCGGGCGACAUGACUUCGGGCGAGAUGACUUUCGGGCGACUUGACCGGUUACCCUUAGAGUGCGAG